AUGUUGGUGACUGACGGAAUUCCCGAUGAACCGGAAUUGCGAAAGCAGAACACAUCUGAGCUCUACUACUACACUCUCACAUUGCACAUGCAAGCUACAUUCCCUCCUCAUGCCGGCGUUGACUUUGUCAAAACUGCCCGCCAUGACACCUAUCCUGCCAUCAACCCCGCCAAAGCGAACUUGACGGGAAAGGUCGUCCUAGUGACUGGCGCAUCAAGGGGGAUCGGCAAGGCAACCGCGAUCGCCUUUGCACAAGCUGGUGCUUCUGGGCUCGUUCUCGUCGCGCGUUCCGAUUUGAGCGCGACUAAGACGGCUUGUGAGGCCGUAGCGACACGCCCUGGGCAAACGCUGAAGGUCUUAACUGUGUCCGUCGACACCAGCGAUGCCACACAAGUCAACGCUGCUCUUGCGAAGGCAAAGGAGACGUUCGGACGGUUGGACAUUGUUGUCAACAAUGCCGGUGUGCUAGAGCCGUACGCAUUACUAGGCGAUUCAAAUUCCGAGACGUGGUGGAAGACAUGGAAUGUGAAUGUGCGCGGGACGUACGAGGUAACGCGUGCCUCUUUGCCGCUACUACUCGAGAGCGGUGGGGAUAAGACGAUCAUCAUCGUCAGCAGCCUCGCUGCGCACAACGUCCUCCCGACACAUGCCUCAGCAUAUUCGACUACGAAGCUAGCUCAGUUGCGCCUUACCGAAAUUCUCGUCAACGAAUAUGGUAGCAAGGGAGUUUCUGUCUUUGCCAUCCAGCCGGGCGCCGUGGCCACAGACAUGUCAUCCACUGUGCCCGAUGAUAUGAGGCAUUUCAUUGUCGACACACCCGAAGUUGCAGCUCACACGAUGGUUUGGCUUGCUCGCGAGCGCAGAGAUUGGCUAUCCGGCCGCUAUGUCAGCUGCCAGUGGGACGUAGAGGAGCUCGAAGCGAAGAAGCAGGAAAUUAUCCACGGUGAUAAGCUGAAGGUCAGGAUGGUGGUAUAA